AUGCGUCACAGAAAUUUGGUUCCACUUUUUGGCUACUGUGUUGCAAAAGGAGAGAAGCUUCUAGUUUACAUGCACAUGCCUAAUGGACCCUUGGACGAAAAACUUCAUGUUGUUGAGCCAGAUGGUAAUAGUAUAGAUUGGCCCAAAAGGUUAAAAAUAGCAAUUGCUGCAGCUAGAGGAUUGGCUUGGCUUCACCAUAGCUGCAACCCUAGGGUAAUCCAUAGCAAUGUAAGUUCUAAAUGUAUAUUAUUGAAUGAAUAUUAUGAACCGAGGAUAACAGACUUUGGGCUUUCUCGGUUGGUAAAUCCUUUAGAGACCCAUCUUAGCAUAUUUGUCAAUGGUGAUUUUGGCGAUUUGGGUUAUGUAGCGCCAGAAUACAUGCGCACCUUGGUUGCCACUUUGAAGGGGGAUGUCUUUAGUUUUGGGGUUGUUCUUCUAGAGUUGGUUACUAGGCAGAAACCUGUUGAAGUUGAAAAUGUACAUGAAAGUUUCAAGGGUAAUUUAGUAGAUUGGAUCAGUAAUCUUUCAAAACAUGGUAAUGCUCAGGAAACCAUCGACAAAGAUUUGGUUGGCAGGGAAUAUGAUGCAGAGCCUGUACAAAAGUUCUGGAAGUGGCUACUAACUGUGUUCUUUCUCCAGACAAGGAGAGGCCUUCUAUGCAUGAGGUUCACCAUCUGCUAA